AUGGAUACCAAAGAAAAUAUCUCAACUAUUGUUCCUGCACAAAUAACAGUCGGUGUGGUUGGUUUAGGUCUUAUGGGCUGUAGUAUUAGUACUUGUCUUUUAAUAGCUGGUCAUUCAGUUGUAGCAAUCGCAUCACUUCCAAUCGAUCUUGAAACUGCUGAAGCUCGUAUUCAUGAACAUCUUGUUCGAUCAUUCGAACAAGAAAUUUGUUUAGAACAACCAGCUUUUUACUUCAAAAAUCUGACCAUUACCGAAGAUUAUACUCGUCUCAAGGAUACUUUCUUAGUUAUUGAAUGUACUCUUGAGGAUAUCACAAUUAAAAGACAAGUAUAUAAAAAUAUUGAAAAUGUUGUUGCUGACCAUACGAUUAUAACAAGCAAUACAUCAGCCAUUCCAAUUAGUCUUCUUCAACAAGAAACUCGUAUACCAAGUCGUUUUCUCGGCUUACAUUGGGCUGAACCAUCUCAUACAACACGAUUUUUAGAAGUUAUUUGUGGUGACACUAGUGAUCCAAAAAAAGCUGAAUGGUUAUAUCAACUUGCACAUCACUGGGCUAAAGAACCAACACUCGUACGAAAAGAUAUUCGUGGUUUUAUUACGAAUCGUCUCAUGUAUGCUUUAUAUCGAGAAGCUUUUUAUUUAGUCGAAAAUGGAUAUGCUUCUGUUGACGAUGUUGAUCGAGCAUGUCGUAAUAAUGCUGGUUAUUGGAUGACAUUAGUUGGAUGCUUUCGAUGGAUGGAUCUUACUGGCAUUCCAGCUUAUCAUUCUGUUAUGAAAGAUUUACUUCCUACACUUCAUAAUGGCACUGAAAUACCGAAACUCAUCGAUGAUAUUGUUAAAGCCGGUGGAAAAGGUAUUUUGAAUGCUAAUGGUUUUUAUAAUUAUACACCAGAAGAAGCUCGUUUAUGGCGUGAAACUUUUGAAGAAUUUAGUUAUGAUAUUCGACGAUUAGCAUUAAAAUAUCCUGUAGAUAUUGUCACAAAAAAACUAGAAGCACAACGAGAAAAAAAUGAACUAAAGGAUUAA